CAUUCAUCCCUUUGGGAGAGAAAGUGCGACCUCUAACCGGUUAAGAGCAUGGGCUUUGAAGUCACACAGACGUAGAUUCAAGUCUUGGCUCUGAUCUUUGGCUCUGUGGCCUUGGGAAGGUCAUUGGAUCUCUUUGAGCCUGUUUCUUCAUGUCAAAAUGGAGUGACCACGAACCCAUUAGAUCUUUGUGAAGAUUAAGUGAGAUGAUAUUGGCCUGCCCCACAGCCCAAUUACGGUGGGAGGGGUAAUUAUGCAUUCAGGAAAGGGGAAACCUCCCGCGGCUCCAUCUACCACCUGUUUUCUUACCGGUUUCUAGGAGGUGCGCAGCAUCAGGCCCGUUUAACGGAAAAAGAAACUGAGGCCCAGAAAGGGACCAGGAUAGCCCAGCGUGCUGCAGGUUGGGGCUAGAACCCGGGCCUGCGUCCAGCGCAUCGCCUGUCUCUCCGAGCACCUGGCCCAGCGCUGCAGUGGGCGUCAUGGCCAUGGACGUGGCAGAAUACCACCUGAGCGUCAUCAAGAGCCCUCCAGGCUGGGAGGUGGGUGUCUACACCGCUGGGGCCCUGGCGCUGCUGGGAAUUGCGGCCGUGAGCCUGUGGAAGCUCUGGACAUCGGGGAGCUUCCCCAGCCCCUCCCCGUUCCCUAACUACGACUAUAGGUACCUUCAGCAGAAGUAUGGCGAGACCUACACAGAGGCCAAGCAGAAGAGAGUGCCUGCCUGGAAUGCCCAGCGGGCCAGCACUCGGGGACCGCCCAGUCGCAAAGGCAGCCUCAGCAUCGAGGACACGUUUGAGAGCAUCAGCGAGCUGGGGCCCCUGGAGCUGAUGGGCCGGGAGCUGGACCUGGCCCCCUACGGGACCCUCCGCAAGUCCCAGUCGGCCGACUCCCUGAACUCCAUCUCCUCCGUGAGCAACACCUUCGGGCAGGACUUCACGCUGGGCCAGGUGGAAGUAAGCAUGGACUACGAUGCCGCCUCCCACACCCUCCACGUGGCCGUGCUGCAGGGCAAGGACCUCCUGGAGCGCGAAGAAGCCGGUUUCGAGUCCUGCUUCAUGCGCGUCAGCCUGCUGCCCGAUGAGCAGAUCGUGGGCAUUUCCCGGAUCCAGAGAAAUGCCUACUCCAUCUUCUUUGACGAGAAGUUCUCCAUUCCCCUGGACCCUGCAGCCCUGGAGGAGAAGAGCCUGCGGUUUUCCGUGUUUGGCAUCGAUGAGGACGAGCGGAACAUCAGCACGGGCGUGGUGGAGCUGAAGCUUUCUGUGCUCGACCUCCCGCUACAGCCCUUCAGCGGCUGGCUCUACCUACAGGACCAGAACAAGGCUGCCGACGCUGUGGGCGAGAUCUUGCUGUCCCUCAGCUACCUCCCUACGGCUGAGCGCCUCACUGUGGUGGUGGUGAAGGCCAAGAAUCUCAUCUGGACCAACGACAAGACCACGGCAGACCCCUUCGUCAAAGUGUACCUGCUUCAGGAUGGGAGGAAGAUGAGCAAAAAGAAGACAGCCGUGAAGAGGGAUGACCCCAACCCAGUGUUCAACGAAGCCAUGAUCUUCUCGGUGCCAGCCAUCGUGCUCCAGGACCUGUCUCUCCGUGUGACGGUGGCUGAGAGUAGCAGCGAUGGCCGAGGGGACAACGUGGGCCAUGUCAUCAUCGGGCCGUCAGCCAGUGGCAUGGGCACCACGCACUGGAACCAGAUGCUGGCCACGCUGCGCAGGCCCGUGUCCAUGUGGCACCCUGUGCGGCGAAACUAGCAGCUGGAAAACGGGCCAGGGUGGGCACUGAGCUGCCUGGGGCCCGGCGCAAGCUCCGCUCUGAUGCCCCUCCAUAGUCCAGCAGGAGCCAUAAAUGCUGGGGUCCCCCACUGGAGCCCCCAUGAGCCAUCUUGGUCCGUCUGUCCAGACUGCAGUGGAGGAACAGGCCUGGCCAGGUGUCUAGGGACCCAGGAUUUUCUCCCACUGAGGACCAGCUGUGGCUGGGCUGUGACCCAGGAACGGGCAGCCUGGCACUGGCCCUUUGUGCCCCCAUUUUGAGAUCCCCAACAGGCUGCUGGGAGGCCAGUGCCAAGCUCGGCCACAUGUAGGAACCGAGUGAGUCUUGGGGGCCAGGUGCUGUGCUAGGCACCAGCAGUCGUGACAUGAACAGGACACAGCCCCUAGCAUGUCCGGAGGGCAAGACCCCUGCCCUGGGGAUCUGCUCAGUGCUGAAUGUGGACUUGGGAGGGCUCUGGGGUCUGCUAGGACGAGAUGGGAGCCGAGCCCUGAGGGGCAGGGAAAGAACUAAAUGUGUCCCAGGCAGGCAGCCAGCCUCAGCAAGGCAGGGACAUGAACUUCCGUAUCACAAACUGUCCUACUGCAGUGGACACGAGGGCCUUUCUCUGCGCAAGAGAAGUGACCAGGAGACCAGGCCAAGCAGAGGCCUGCAGGGUGCGGCAAACACUGGCUCUGGAAUCACGCUCUAUGAAAUCUGCUCCCUUGAACCGUGACCCUUGCAAAGCCCAGAGGUCUGAAGAGGCCCAGAGCCAGGUCCUUGUGUUCGGUCCCAACUGAAUUAGGCAUUGGCUCCACGGCAUUUGUUGGGGUACCUCCAGGCUAGGCCCUGUUGGGAAGAGAGAUGCCUCGGCCUCUAGGGAGCUGGAGGGCAGUGGGAAGGCCAGAAUACAGACUGCAGGGGGCCCAUGGGAGAGGCUUCUGUGGGCUGCCCGUGCGUGGUGUAGCAGGAGGCCCUCGAGCUGGGCCUUGGAGGAAAGGGGCUGCCUGAGCUGAGGCAUUGAGGGGAAGUGGAGGGGUGUCCGGAUGGAGGGUGGGGUGGGGGCAGGUUUGAAUGCCAGACGGGGAAGGAGGUGGCACUGGGUGUCCUAGGUCGAGUUCCAAAAGCAGACCCUGAGAUUCUCAGGCGAGGGGUUUAUGCAGGGUGGGGGUGGGGGGGAGGCAGGGAGCCCUCUGGAGAAAACUAUAGGGGAGAGAGGAAAGCCAGGGAGCAGGGACAGAAGCUAAGUAAGUUGUGGCUUUAGGAGUGUCUAGCUCCAGGCUGAUGGCUUGAAGUCUGAUGGAGGAGCUCUGUGACUGGCACCCCACAGGGGUCCUGCCCAGAAGCAAACGGGCUGGGCUGUUUUGCGCCCACAGGGCUUUGGCUACCACCCCACCCCAGCUGGAGGAAGAGCGCAUACCUUCCAGAUGUCGCCGGCUGAGGCGCCUCCCAUCCGCCAAAGGCAGCCCCAGAGAAGCAGGCGGCCGAGGGGUGGGUGCCCCUGCUGGUUCAUCAGGAUGGGGUGGGGAGCGGGGCGUGUUGUGGCAUCUGCUCCCAGGGGCCACCCUCAGGUCAGGACAUGGGCCGUCCGGCUGGCUGCCUCUGGUCCUGAUGAGCCAUAGAGACCCAGGCCCAACCAGUUAUCUCCAGUGAUGCCCUGGGAGCCCAGAGUGGUCAUGGGCUGGAGGCAGAACUGUGGCUCUCCCCACCUAACACAGCUGUGGCCCAGGCCUGUGGCCCAUACCAGGAGGUCUGCACGGCCCAGGCCAGCACAGGGUCCGGGGACACAGCUGGUGAGCCUCUGGAGCCGGGGAGACGCCAGACUCUUUUCUGCCCCAGUGGCUCCGCAGCAUAGGCCAUUUACUCCCACCUUCUCUUCCCCCUCUUUCUGUCCCUCUGACUGCAUGAAAUGUUGACUGUGUACCCGAGAUGGGCAUGGUGGGGACCAAGUCUGCUGACUGGAAUGAUUCUAGAACCAAAAUAAAGCUGGGGCAGGAAGGAGGGGGCUUCCAGGGAGCCUUGCUCAGCCCCAAAUCACCUUGGUCUCUUCUCCAGGAAUCAGGGACUUGUGUGGGUUACUCUGAGUAGAUUACCCUGCUGCUGGGUGCCCAGAGGGAAAGGAGACCACCACAGGGACCAAUGCCAUCAGACUGCUUGGGAAGCUCUAAGAGGGGGACCCUGAGUCAGGUCUGGCGGGGAGGAUAGCGUUAGGGAAUAUCACGGAGGGCUUCCUGGUGGUAUCGCUGAGUUGUCUUCAGGGCAAAAAGAAGUGUAAGGUUGAAAAAGGUGGAUAAGGCCUAAAAAGCAUUCCUGGAAGAGAGAACAACAUGCACAAAAGGGCAGGAGUGGGCGAAAACUUGGCCAAUUUGUCAACCUUGCUAGAGCAAAGUUGGGGGAGGCUGGGGAGAAGGGAGCCAGAAGAAAGGCUUAGAGGGGAGGAGGGUCGUGCAAGUUCAGUGCGUGCUGGUACCAGCCACAACCCUACCUACUUAGAGGGAGGGACCGUUGCACUGUGGUCAUCCCCUUUUUUGCAGAGAUGGAAACAGAAGCUCAGAGAAGUUAGGCAACUAGUCCAAGAUCACACAGCCAGAAAGUCUCAGAGCAGGCAUUCAAGCUCCAGCUGUCUGGCUCCACAGCUCAGGCUCUUAACCAUCAAGCUACACUGUCCCCCUUUCACCAAGUCCUCCAGGUGGGGCUGAGGGGCAGCGGAGAAGCCCCUGUGGAUCCCAGGCUGCUCUGGUUUCCCCCUCCCCUGCCCUGGAAGAUCACAGCAAGUGCUGGAGGAUGAUCUGGGUGGGGAUUACCAGCCGCCCCCAGGAAGCCUGUGAAGAGCUCUCGUGGACUCCCCCUCUUGCUAGAGGAGAUGAAAGCAUGAGCCUUGCAGUGUAGGGAGGACUGUGCACCUGGUGGAGGAGAGAGGGACCCCCCCAGGCAGGGGAACUACUUGGUGUUGCAUGUGUCCGGGGAGCCACACAGCCACUGGGCCCGGUCAGAGGAGCAGGUCAGAGGGAGGGAGGAAGAGGCUCCUGAGCGGCUUUGGAAGUGAUGCGCAGGGACACCGGCUGUUCUUGGUCAGCGCGGGGCAGUCUGAGCUGCUUCUCAGUUUCAGGUUCAUUCCGCACAGCCCAGAGUGCACUACUGACCUCUCUUUCUGCCUAUACCCCCCACCCCACCCAUUCUUCCCCCUCCCAGCCCCAGGCCCGUGGGCCUGCCCCCAGUGUCCCAGGCCCCCUCCAUCUGGGAGCCUUCAGGGAUCAGCCGAGCCGCACCCAAAAGCACAGGUAUGGAGGUCAGUGACCUGACCUCGGCAGCGGCUGGGCCACACCUGCGUGUGCAGGGGCAGGGCGAGCCACUGUAUCAUCCGCAGCCGACUGCCGCUCAGACCUUCACUUCCUCUCUCCUGCCCCGGCCAUCUAUGCCUGCAGACACCCAAAGGGACAAACAGAAAGGCUAAAUAAACACUAAGAUUGGGCCACAAGGGCCCCUCAGCCUCUGCCCACCCUCACCCAUUAUCAACCUCAUUCCACCCAGAAGGAUCGAGAAUGGGGAGGCGGGGAGAGGAGGCAAGGGCAGGAGUCCUGCCUCCCCAGCCCCGAAGUCCAGUUAAAUGGUAGCUGGAGUUGAGCUGAUCUGGGGGAGACCAGACAGAAGGGACCUUGGGAGAAGAGGCACUUCUGGGUUCUACCUGCCAUAGUUUGGACAAGUCCCUUCCUGUUGAGAGACUCAGUUUCCCCAUCUUGUCCCCUUCUUGUCUUAAGAAGAACUCUAAAGGCUCCCCACACCUCUGACUUUUGGGGAUUCUGUGUGGAGGAGCUCUAAGGCCCCAAAUGCCUUGGUUAGAAUCUCAGCUUCUCCACGUAUCAGCUGUGGGAUCUUGGGCAAAUUAUCUGUCCUCUUUAGGCCUCAGUUUCCUCCUUUGUCAAAGGAUAAGAAUAAUACAUAAUAGGAUGGAAUGAAAUGUACAUGUGCCAAGUGUAUGUCACCCAGGAGAUGCUCAGUAAACGUGCGGCCAGGGUUUUGGGUGAAAGAGUUCUGGCCACGGGCAAGACCUCUUGGGAUCUGGUGUUUGAGAUGAAAGGGAGGGGAGGGCACAUAGGGAGGCGGGAGGAGCAAAAAUCCCACCAAGGCAUCCCAAGGGUGCGUAACUGGACCUCUGAAGUUCCAUGCACCACCGGCACCCACGUUCCCUCUCCUUCAACCACCCAUACGCACCCCACGCCCAAGGCAGGAACUCCAAGCAGAGCCCACAGCCCUCAUGAUGAUGGUGCAGGGAGCAGAGCGGCCACAUGGCGGCAGCAGAGACUCGGCUGGGGCCCCAGGGAACUCCUGGCCUCAGGGUGGAUGGGGUGGGAUGCCAAGUGGGCUUGAGCAGAUGGAGGCUGGAGGGUGGUCACCUGUCUGCUGACCCUGCAGUCAGGUCAUGCACUGUAUUUACUCAACUAUGCGAUCAUUUGUUCCUGUUUUCAUUUCUCCAAGUUUGUCUAUUCUUUUGAGUCAACCAAUCUUCCUUCUUUCCUUCC